CGCGUUUCACUCAGUCUUCUGCCACAACCUGCUAAUAGCUCAUCCUUUGCUGAGUCUUGCGUCCUUAACGAUGGCGGCGGCGGCCACCUCAGCGGCUACCACUAUCCCUAAACCCUCUGCUCACCUUUCUUCUUCCUCCAGAUCUUCAAUCUCCAUUUCCAGAUUCACCCUCCCAUUGUCUCUCAACCCCCAAAAGACCAUUCCCCACCGCUCUCUCCACAUCUCAAACGCCGUCUCUAAACCUACCACCCCUGCCCCCUCCUCCUCCUCCACCUCCACCACCACUCGUCAAGAGUCUCCUCCAAGAUUUUCCCCUGAUGAAGCUCGAAAAGGCGCCGACAUCCUUGUUGAAGCGCUGGAACGCCAAGGGGUCACAGACGUGUUUGCUUAUCCAGGCGGCGCAUCCAUGGAGAUCCACCAAGCCCUAACUCGCUCUCCUAUAAUUCGUAAUGUCCUUCCGCGCCAUGAGCAAGGUGGGGUCUUUGCGGCUGAGGGAUAUGCUCGCGCUUCUGGCAAACCUGGCGUCUGCAUCGCAACCUCGGGACCCGGCGCCACAAAUCUCGUCAGCGGCUUGGCAGACGCUCUCCUUGACAGCGUCCCCAUUGUGGCUAUCACUGGCCAAGUCCCUCGCCGCAUGAUAGGCACCGACGCAUUCCAAGAAACUCCCAUUGUUGAGGUAAGUCGGUCAAUAACCAAGCACAAUUACCUGGUCCUUGAUGUUGAUGAUAUUCCUAGAAUUGUAAGUGAAGCUUUCUUUUUGGCCACCUCGGGACGUCCUGGCCCAGUUCUAAUUGAUGUACCAAAAGAUAUACAACAACAAUUAGCGGUUCCCAAUUGGAAUACACCUAUUAAAUUGCCUGGUUACAUGUCGAGGUUGCCUAAAGUGCCCAAUGAUUCACAUUUGGAGCAGAUUGUGAGGCUAAUUUUUGAGUCAAAGAAACCUGUUUUAUACGUGGGAGGUGGGUGUUUAAAUUCAAGCGAGGAAUUGAGGAAGUUUGUUGAGUUAACUGGGAUCCCAGUGGCUAGUACUUUGAUGGGGCUUGGAGCAUUCCCAGUUGGCCAUGAAUUAUCAUUGCAAAUGCUUGGAAUGCAUGGAACUGUUUAUGCUAACUAUUCAGUGGAUAAGAGUGAUUUGUUGCUUGCAUUUGGGGUAAGGUUUGAUGACAGGGUAACAGGCAAGCUUGAGGCUUUUGCAAGCAGAGCUAAGAUUGUUCAUAUUGAUAUUGACUCCGCUGAGAUUGGGAAGAAUAAGCAGCCCCAUGUGUCUGUUUGUGCAGAUGUGAAUUUUGCGUUACAAGGUAUGAACAAGAUUUUGGAGAGCAGAAAUGCUAAGAGUAAGCUAGAUUUUAGGGCUUGGAGAGAGGAGUUGAAUGAGCAAAAGAGUAAAUAUCCAUUGAAAUAUAAGACAUUUGGACAUGCAAUUCCUCCUCAGUACGCCAUACAAGUUCUUGAUGAGUUAACAAAUGGGAAUGCCAUUAUAAGUACUGGCGUUGGGCAACAUCAGAUGUGGGCUGCUCAAUUUUACAAGUACAAGAGACCACGGCAAUGGUUGACAUCAGGGGGAUUAGGGGCUAUGGGUUUUGGAUUGCCUGCUGCUGUUGGGGCUGCUGUUGCUAAUCCUGGUGCAGUAGUUGUAGAUAUUGAUGGUGAUGGAAGUUUUAUCAUGAAUGUCCAGGAGUUGGCAACUAUUCGUGUGGAGAAUUUGCCCAUCAAAAUAAUGCUUCUGAAUAAUCAGCAUUUAGGAAUGGUGAUGCAAUGGGAGGACCGAUUCUACAAGGCUAAUAGAGCUCAUACUUAUUUGGGGGAUCCAUCAAGAGAAUCUGAGAUUUUCCCCAAUAUGUUGAAGUUUGCUGAAGCUUGUGGAAUACCUGCUGCGCGUGUGACAAGAAAAGAGGAUCUUAGAAUGGCGAUUCAGAAUAUGUUGGAUACUCCUGGGCCAUACUUGUUGGAUGUGAUUGUACCCCAUCAAGAACAUGUGCUGCCCAUGAUCCCAAGUGGGGGGGCUUUUAAAGAUGUGAUAACUGAGGGUGAUGGAAGAACGAAGUAUUGAUCUUUACCAGCAGCAAAUAUGUUAAGGAUUAUGUAUGUUAUGUGGAAUUCCAUGCUUAAAACUAAGGAGUGGCAGGUUUUUUUAAGUUUACUAGUUAGUUAUUUAAUAGUAUCGAUGGUUGUUGUUUGGAUGAAACUUGUGUAUCUGCUUUGUUCUUGUCAGUUUUGCUAAUUUGAACAAGUAGUUUGUUUUUUAA